UUUUAUUCCCACAGCCAGGUGGUAUAAAUACCUUUCAUUUGUAGCACAUUCUAGCUAUUAAAUUUGAGGCUUUCAUUUUCCACGUAAUUUGUAGCUUAAUUUUUCCAGUAAAAAAAAAUCUGAAGAAAAACCAGUGUUUAAGGAUCAGCUCAUAACUUGGCAGUAGGAGAGGCUGAGGAAGAGUCCAUAGUAAUGACUUGAAAUUCCAAAAUAUUCGAAUAGCCAUUUGCUUUAACCAAAAAACCCCUGUUGCCCACCUGCUAACUACGGUGCAGAUAGUAAAGUACUUCGAAGCAGGAGACAGAAGGUGGCCGGGUGGGUAUUAAGCCCCUCUGAAUUUGGGGUGCCGGCUAGGGAAAGUCUCUGAUGGAAACUUCCCGGAGCCCACGCACGCGCUGUUUCCGUAGCUCUCAGAAUCAUCUUCUCCCCCUCUGCCCGGGGUUGUGGCCUCAGCCUGGCCCCCCAAGAGAUGGGAUCUCUGCCUAAAAGUUAUCAAGAAACGGAGCCUGCAGACAGCUGAAAAAUGCCCAAGCGUUUCCUGCACACUGACAGCCAGACCGAACACUCUUUUCCAUUUGCAGUUUUUUUAGUGUCAUUUUAAGUUGCAGCUUCCAGCCAAUCAGCAAGCUCCAUGCCUGCUGACAUCACGAAGCAGCCAGUUCCCUCCAGCUGCAGAGCUUCAGUUUGUCUUUUUUUUUUAACUAAAAUGGAGGCUGGUUUCUUGCCUUAAGGAGUACAUUGCCUUUCCCGCUGAAGUCUAGAUGUUGACAUGUAAUAAAGCGGGCAGCAGGAUGGUGGUGGAUGCGGCCAACUCCAAUGGGCCUUUCCAGCCCGUGGCCCUUCUCCAUAUUCGAGAUGCUCCUCCUGCUGAUCAAGAGAAGCUUUUUAUCCAGAAGUUACGUCAGUGUUGUGUCCUCUUUGACUUUGUUUCUGAUCCACUAAGUGACCUAAAGUGGAAGGAAGUAAAACGAGCUGCUCUAAGUGAAAUGGUAGAAUAUAUCACCCAUAACCGGAAUGUGAUCACAGAGCCUAUUUACCCAGAAGUAGUCCAUAUGUUUGCAGUUAAUAUGUUUCGAACAUUACCACCUUCCUCCAAUCCUACGGGAGCAGAAUUUGACCCAGAGGAAGACGAGCCAACGUUAGAAGCAGCCUGGCCUCAUCUACAGCUUGUUUAUGAAUUUUUCUUAAGGUUUUUAGAGUCUCCAGAUUUCCAACCUAAUAUAGCGAAGAAAUAUAUUGAUCAGAAGUUUGUAUUGCAGCUUUUAGAGCUCUUUGACAGUGAAGAUCCUCGGGAGAGAGAUUUCCUUAAAACUACCCUCCACAGAAUCUAUGGAAAAUUCCUAGGCUUAAGAGCGUACAUCAGAAAACAGAUAAAUAAUAUAUUUUAUAGGUUUAUUUAUGAAACAGAGCAUCACAAUGGCAUAGCAGAAUUACUGGAAAUAUUGGGGAGUAUAAUUAAUGGAUUUGCCUUACCACUGAAAGAAGAGCACAAGAUUUUCUUACUGAAGGUGUUACUACCUUUGCACAAAGUGAAGUCUCUGAGCGUCUACCAUCCACAGCUGGCAUACUGUGUCGUGCAGUUUUUAGAAAAGGACAGCACCCUCACUGAACCAGUGGUGAUGGCACUUCUCAAAUACUGGCCAAAGACUCACAGUCCAAAAGAAGUAAUGUUCUUAAAUGAACUAGAAGAAAUUCUAGAUGUAAUUGAACCGUCAGAAUUCGUGAAGAUCAUGGAGCCCCUCUUCCGGCAGUUGGCCAAGUGUGUCUCCAGCCCCCACUUCCAGGUAGCAGAGCGGGCCCUGUAUUACUGGAAUAAUGAGUACAUCAUGAGUCUGAUCAGCGACAAUGCGGCCAAGAUUCUGCCCAUCAUGUUUCCAUCUUUGUACCGAAACUCCAAGACCCACUGGAACAAGACAAUACAUGGCUUGAUCUACAAUGCGCUGAAACUCUUCAUGGAGAUGAACCAGAAGCUGUUUGAUGAUUGCACCCAACAGUUCAAAGCAGAGAAGCUGAAAGAGAAGCUAAAAAUGAAAGAACGAGAAGAAGCGUGGGUUAAAAUAGAAAAUCUAGCCAAAGCAAACCCCCAGUACACGGUGUGUAGUCCAGCGAGCGCCGUGAGCGUUCCGCUUGCAGUGGAGACAGAGGGGCCUUUGUUUGAAGAUGUGCAGAUGCUGAGAAAGACAGUGAAUGAAGAGGCCCGCCAGGUAAACGUUGGUCGGGAGAAAAGCCGUGUCAACCACGCAGAUAAGGAAGGUGUAGAAAGACAAAAGGCGCAGAAGGACGUGAAGAAGGACCGGACCCCCGCGCGCCGCCGGGCGGAGCCCCCGCAGGACCCCCACACCAGGAGCGCCUUGGAGGCCCGCUGCCGGGCCGACGAGCUGGGCCCCCAGGACGGGCGCUAGCCCCCCGCGGGCCGGCCGCCGGCCCCUCCCUGGACUCUGUAGGAAAUGCAUACUUUUGUGCCAUACCGAUCAGUUACACUCAAGUCAAAGCUCUCUUGUACCCCGUCUGUAGGCAAUAACGCCCCGGCCUCAGCUCGAGACCCGGAGUUCAAACAAUGGUGACUUCGCAGACCCCGCCGCUGCCCGGACCAGCCGAGGAACGCGCCCGGGCACCGUCCUCGCGUUCUCCCCAGGUGGACCCAUGCCCAUUUAAAUUUGAAACAGGUGGUUCUCUGAGAAUAUCAAUGUUUUCCAAAUCAAAGGAACACCUUAACCAAGUAUUACCUAUUUUUUAAGACUUUACAACCUUUGGAAUUGUUUCCAUGUGAUCGUUAUGCCAGCAGUUUCGGGGGGUGGGGGGGUUUGUUUGUUUGUUAGUUUAUCUCAUUGAAAUGGUUCUUUGCCGCCAUUGUUCUAACAGCUUUCUGGGAAUAGUGACACGACAAUCCUCAGCCACCGUUUCUCCCCAAGUUGUCUCUUUUCUUUGGCCCCAUGUCGCUUCCCUCGUGUGUAGCUAAAGCCAUAUUUCCCAGUCUGUGGUCCAGCCCCAGGGUUCCAGGAGAAAGCUCAAAGGAGAAAUUUAUUUUGAAAAGAGCUUCCUCUGUCUGCCUUGACUGGAAUUGGAAUUUUAAAGUGAUGUACGUGUGAAUUUUUUUGUUUGCCGAUUUUUUUUCUCUACUUUCACAUUGUUGCCCUUUAACAAGGCUCUUGUGUUAAUAAAAUCAUAGUCUCCAAGAAUUCCACAUUUUGUAGAAAGUUAGAACGAGAUCGUUUUGAGAUAGGCCAGUUCGCGGCCGGUGCAAUCAAUGCCUUUAGGCAUCGGUAACAGAACAGCCCUGUGUGCGCGCCGCCGGGCCCCUGGCCCAGAGCUGUCACGUGGUUCUGAGAGCCUAGAGGAAGCAACAGCGGGGGUGACCUCCAAUGAAUCCGUUUCUGGUGAAAAGAGCGCACGUUACAAACACCUCUUCAGGAAAGUACGGUGUCUGGGUUUUUGCCGGCCUUCGAAUGCUGCUAUGUGUUUCGGACUUCUUGCACGUACUGAGCUCUUUGUUUUCGAUGGAACAGCACGAGGAGGGAAGUCCUUAAACUUAGUGCUUUCUCUGGUCUUCAUUUCUCUCAGGGUGGCCAGUAUUUUGACUGAUUUGUCCUGCUGAGAGCUAUCUGAGAUGUGCACAGCUAUUCUAGACAAGCGAUUCUAGUUUCUCUUGUCUCAGGCAGAAGAUUAGAUAACUUGAUGUUAAAUGUCUUGAUGCAUAAAAGUUACAACGUGGCUUCUUUUAGGAUCUGAUUUUCAGUCGAGGUCUUGGGCAUCCAUCCGUCAGAACGCUGUGAAAAGCAGACGUCACUCCGAUGGGGCGCUGGGCACCCGCUGCCCGCGGGCUUCACGGAGACCCGCUGACAGUGUGUGCUUCCUGCGUCCCGGUGGGGAGGGGGUUUCUUGGGUUAGAGCAAGUUCUAAAUUGAAAGGCUGCCCCCACGGAAAGUGGAAAGGCCUAUUUUGCGAGAAGAAACGCUUCCUGAGAAACUUGACAAGUAUCCAUUUUACCAUUAUGAAAUUUAUAAUUUAAACAAGUUUAGAUGCCUUCUCCUUCUGAGGGAAAAAGGGUGCUUUUUAUUGUAUAAAGCAGUGUCUUAUGUAUUUUGAUAUACCAUUGUUUGAACUUCCAUCUUUAGCUGAUAGAUUCUCAAAUAUCCUUGAUUUUUUGGAUGUUCAGUAUGUUUGUGAGAGAUUUCUGGGAAGGCUCUCUUUCGCCCUAGGGAAAAAGCAAAAUACCAGUGUUCGGGUGAUUGUGUAAAGCUCAAUGUAUAAGAACAUCUUUUUUGUCUAGGUUUUAUUUCUGCUCUUUAUUGAAGACAAACAUUCACCAAAAAGGGGAAAAAAAAAACUUUUGAGAGAAACUAAUUUUCUUUGACAUGAGUAUUAUUUAAUAUUUUGGCCUAUUAAAGUUUUCCUAGUUAGUACUCAGAUUCCCUGUGCUAAUCGUUCACUUAUAUAUUAUUAUAUAGAUACACUGCUUAUUCUGUACCAAACCGAUUUCAAAAGUACUACAUUAAAAAUAAACUGGUGACUGUUUUUCUUCAUAAAGUUCUGAGUUUGGCAUCUUCACUCUUUCCAAAACGUAACUGUGCAUCAGAAAUGUCACUAUUCUGAGUGUCUUUUUAGUGUGGCUUUAGUAUGGCUUCCUUUUAAUAUUGUACAUACAUUGUAUCUUUGUUUUAUGGUAAUAAGUAAUAAAAAUGUAGACUUCAUAUUUUGUACAAAAUGUCCUAUGUACAGAAUUAAAAAAGUUCAUAGAAACAUCAAGAAUA